AUGCCUCCAAAGACCCUCCAAGGCAAUCGCCUUGUCUACUUGCUGCCUCUGACCGACUAUGGCGCUCCUGAUGUUCCGAACCAGUACAUCUACUUGCCCGCUCCCACCGAGCCGCCAUAUCACCUGCGCUUCGCCAUCGAGGGGACCAGCUCCAUAUGCAGACAAGGUAGCUUGUGGAUUAACAUUCCAGCACCAGGAGAGCAAUUCGAAAGGUCGAAAUAUAGAGAAUAUAAGCUGAAGCCUGACUUCAAUCGUACCCUACACAUAGACAUUCCCAUCACCACCGCCGGCGCCUUCAGCUACUAUACCACCUACUCUCCCCUCCCAGAUUUCUCCCUCGAACCGAUCGCCACUCCCGAGCCCACGAAGACUCCCACCUACUAUAUCGAUGUCGAACCGAAUCUUACUCUUAAUGGCAGCAAGCUACCCCUGGAUGCAUUGUCAAUCUUGUCUGUGGUCUCCAAAUUCAUGGGCAAGUACCCAGAUGACUGGGAAGGACACUUGCGCGGAAUCAGUGGGCGAGGUUACAACAUGGUUCACUUCACGCCUCUGCAACAACGAGGAGAGUCCAACUCACCUUACAGCUUAUUCGACCAACUCGAGUGGGACCAUGAACUCUUCCCGGGAGGUGAAUCAGAGGUUGCGAAACUGAUCCAAACAAUGGAAGAUGAUUAUGGCAUGCUGGGGUUGACAGACGUUGUCUUCAAUCACACUGCCAACAACAGCAAGUGGCUGGAAGAGCACCCGGAGGCUGGCUACAACGUUGAUACCGCGCCCUGGCUUGAGUCCGCGCUCGAACUGGAUGACGCGUUGUUGGAAUACAGCAAUAACUUGGAGAGUCUAGGCCUGCCUACGCUCAUCAAGACUGGCGAUGACCUGACCAAGAUUAUCGACGGCGUCAAGACACAUGUCAUCUCCAAGAUCAAGCUUUGGGAAUAUUUUGCCUGCGACGUAGAAGCAAACGUCACUGCUGUCUUAGCGGCUUGGAAGAAAGGAAACAACAAGCCUCCGUCUGGAGGCUUCGAUGGCUCGCUUGGUGGCGGUCUCGACACGGUCAAAGGCUGGUCGCUGUUCCAGAAAGCGGACUUUCUCAAAAACAAGGGCCUGCUUAACGGACUUCGUAUCGAUGGCAGGUACUCGAGAAAGGCCGACCCACCUGUUGCUGCUGCAUUGUUGACAGCCUUAUAUGGACGACCAGAAGAUGCUAACGCUGACGAAGUUGCUCAAGCGGCCAAAGAUAUUUUCAAUGAGCUCAACCUACCAUUCUACCGGGAAUACGAUGAAGAUGUCGCAGCCAUUUUGGACCAAGUCAAAGGUCGCAUCCAGUACAUGCGUUUGGAUUCCAACGGCCCCCAAUUGGGACCUGUUUCAAAGGACAACCCACUGAUCGAGACAUACUUCGCAAGGCUCCCUUUGAACGAGACUACCAAGAAGCACAACCCCAAGGCGCUUGCUCUUGCUGUCAAUGGUUGGAUUUGGGCAGCGGAUGCGAUGAAGGACAAUGCUGGUCCCGAUUGGCGCCCAUACCUGAGACGAGAGCUUAUCCCAUGGAGCGAUUGUGUUAAGCUCCGUUAUGGUAGCAGCCCCGAGGACAAUCCUUUCUUGUGGGAGCAUAUGGCCAAAUAUGUGCGAGUGAUGGCGAAAUACUUCACUGCAUUCCGCAUCGACAAUUGCCAUUCCACGCCAAUCCAUGUUGCUCAAUAUAUGCUUGACGAAGCACGAAAGGUCCGAUCUGACUUGGCCGUCUUUGCCGAGCUCUUUACAAACAAUGAGCAAACUGAUUUUGAGUUCAUCAAGCGACUUGGCUUGAGUGCGUUGAUUCGGGAAGCCAUGCAGUCUUGGAGCACCCAGGAGCUGAGCCGAAUCGUCCACCGUCAUUGUGGUAGACCUAUUGGCAGCUUCGAUAUCGAUGUAGCGAAGAGUGCCAAGAAGAGCAUGACCAAUGGAGCCGCACAGACGAACGGUCUGAGCACGAGAGAAAUCGUGAAGCGUGUUCGGGAAAGCCCUGUGCAUGCCUUGUUCAUGGACUGCACUCAUGAUAACGAGAUGCCUGCUCAGAAACGAGAUGCUCGCGAUACCUUGCCCAAUGCCGCCCUUGUCAAUAUGUGCGGCUGCGCUACAGGUAGCGUGAUGGGAUACGAUGAGAUCUACCCUAAGCUAGUCGAGAUCGUCCAUGAGACACGGCUCUACCAGUCCAUAAACUCUGAAGGCGAAGUCCAAACCGGUCCUGGUGAGGGUGGCAUCGGCGGUCUCAAGAAGCUCUUCAACCAAAUCCAUACCAUGAUGGGCAAGGACGGCUAUGAUGAGACGUUCUUGCAUCACGAAGGCGAGCUCAUCACCCUGCAUCGAGUCCAUCCUGACUCGCGAAAGGGCUACUUCUUGAUCGCCCACACCGCUUUCCCUGGCUACGGAAAUGGUAACGGCGGCCUGACUCCUGUCCAUCUGGCUGGCACCAAAGCUCGUCUCAUUGGCGCUUGGACACUCGAGGUAGACCAAAGCGACGAGGCCAAGAAGACUGCGCUCGCUGACGAGAAGUAUCUCGUCGGUCUCCCCGCCCGCACCAAGAGCAUCAAGAGUAUGAAAUUGGAUACUUCCGGCGGAGACACAACCAUCACUACCCCUGAGUACUUCCCGCCUGGUUCCGUCGCUCUCUUCGAAACGUGGCUCCCCUCGGCUGAACAUUCUUCUGGCUUGAAUACAUACCUUUCGAGUGGUGCUGACGAAGCAUUUGGUGAGCUUGACCUCAUCGACCUCAACUUCACUCUGUAUCGUUGCGAUGCUGAGGAGCGAGACUCGUCUGGCGGACAGGAUGGCGCAUACGCGAUUCCAGACUAUGGAUCUCUUGUUUAUGCCGGCCUACAGGGUUGGUGGAGCGUGCUUGAACCCAUUGUUCGGGAGAACAAUCUCGGACAUGCACUCUGCAACCACCUCCGGCAGGGACCUUGGGCGAUGGACUUUAUUGUCGGACGAAUGGAGCGAAUUUGUCAACAAUCGGGGUAUGAGAAGCUGCAUAAGCCUGCACAGUGGCUCAAGGAGCGCUUUGAUGCGGUUCGCGACAUUCCCAGUUUUCUUCUGCCUCGGUACUUUGCCAUUAUUGUUGAGGUUGCGUACAGUGCUGCUUGGAACCGUGGUCUACAGUUGAUGAGCGACAGUGUCCAGCGUGGGCAGCCGUUCAUCCAGAAUCUAGCCAUGGUUAGCGUCCAACAGACUGGUCUUGUCAAAUCAGCUUCGCUGUGGCCGAGUAAGUUGGUGCCCAGUCUCGCAGCCGGAUUGCCUCACUUUGCCGUCGAGUGGGCGAGGUGCUGGGGACGAGACGUCUUCAUUUCCCUACGAGGGCUGUUUCUCUGCACUGGGCGCUUUGAUGAAGCCAAGGAGCAUAUCAAGGCUUUUGGCAGCGUGGUCAAGCAUGGUCUGAUUCCCAAUCUGCUCAGCAGUGGUACUGCUCCACGGUACAACUCGCGCGAUUCGCCUUGGUUCUUCCUACAGAACAUCCAAGAUUACGCUGCGUUAGCUCCAGAAGGGCUGGCGAUUCUGAAAGAGAAAGUGCCUCGACGUUUCCUGCCCUAUGACGAUACCUGGUUCCCACAUGAUGAUCCUCGUGCUUAUUCUAAGGAAUCGACGGUCGAGGAGAUCAUUCAGGAGAUACUGCAGCGUCACGCCUCCGGCUUAUCCUUCCGUGAGUACAAUGCUGGCUCAGGUCUCGAUAUGCAGAUGUCCGACCAAGGAUUCCAGAUCGAUGUGCAUGUCGAUUGGGAAACUGGCAUCAUCUUUGGUGGCAGCCAGUACAAUUGUGGUACUUGGAUGGACAAGAUGGGAGAAAGCCCUCGUGCGGGAAGCAAGGGCGUGCCGGGCACACCGCGAGACGGAGCGGCGGUUGAGAUCACCGGUCUCAGCUACAGUGCUCUCAAAUGGGUUGCGGCGCUCAGUGAGCAAGGUAAAUAUGCCCAUGACGGUGUUGAUGCCGAGCAUGGUCAUGUGUCUUUCAAGGAGUGGGCUAGCAAGAUCAAGGCCAAUUUUGAGCGUUGCUAUUGGGUGCCUGUCGAUCCGAAGGAAGAUGCGCACGAAGUAGUCGAUCCCAAGAUUAUCAAUCGGCGGGGCAUCUACAAGGAUCUCUACAGAUCUGGGAAGCCGUACGAGGACUAUCAACUUCGGCCCAAUUUCCCCAUCGCCAUGACGGUGGCCCCGGACCUUUUCACGCCCGAUCGUGCUCUCAUUGCACUCAAGGUUGCUGACGAAGUACUUCGCGGCCCAACCGGGAUGGCUACCUUGGAUCCCUCGGAUCUCAACUACAGGCCGUACUACAACAACAGCGAGGACAGUGAGGAUUUUGCUACAUCAAAGGGCCGAAAUUACCACCAAGGACCAGAGUGGCUAUGGCCAACCGGGUUCUUCCUACGCGCCCUGCUCAAGUUCGAUUUGAUGAGACGGAAGACCGGUGCCGACAAGCUUGAAAGCUUCCAACAAGUGACAAGACGAUUGGCAGGAUGCAAGGCCGCCAUCAAGGAGAGUCCAUGGAAGGGGUUGACGGAGCUGACCAACAAAAAUGGAGAGUAUUGUGGUGAUUCAUCCCCUACCCAAGCCUGGAGUGCGGGUUGCCUCAUCGAUCUCUUUCAGGAUGCGCACGAGAUGGGGCUAGACUUUGAGAAACUCAGCAUCGAAUAG